AUGAAGGAGAGUACAAAAAUAUCUCGCAAUGGAGCUAUUGCAGCUUCUGAAUACCUUCGUUUGUUUGUUGUGGAGGCUCUUGAGCGGGCACACAAGCAAGCAGAAAAUAGCGAUGUAGUAACGGCGCGCGACAUUCAAAAGAUCCUUCCUGAACUAUUAUUGGAUUUCUGA